GUUUACCGCGCCCAUACAUUAGUCCCUGCCUGUGCAGAAGGAUCCGUGAGCUUCGAUCCUCGCUGUCUUAAACACAAAGUUAGAAAAAUGGGUGAAAACUCCGAGCUGCUGGUCGACCUCAAACACAAACUCUGCAGCUCUAUAGAUCAAUCCGCGGAGAAGCUGCGCAUGCUUAGUCGGGAUAUCUGGAGCUGUCCAGAGCUCGCAUAUCAUGAACACAAGGCUCAUGACAGGCUGGUGGAGUUUUUCACUCAGGAAACGGGCUGGAAGGUCGACAGUCACUUCAAACUUCAGACAGCAUUUAGAGCCACAUGGGAACCUUCAGGCAACCCACAGGGUCACGUGAUAAACGUGGGUUUUCUAUGCGAGUACGACGCGCUGCCGGGGAUCGGACACGCGUGUGGACACAACCUGAUAGCUGAGGUUGGAGCUGCUGCGGCUGUAGGACUCAAAGAUGUGCUGGAAAAGACUCAGAACCUCCCAAUCCACGUCCAGGUAGGAAAAAAAAACAUGUAGUCAAGUCUUCUGACUGUUUUCAUCACACCAAGUUUAUUUGGCAAAAUAUUGUUUUAUAUUUUUAAAGUUUUUUUUUUUUAGGUUUAUAUAUAUUAAUAAACUUUCUUUGGUUAACUUUUAUAAGACAUGCACUGAAAAAGAAGGGGUGCAAAUCUGAGGACAAAAUCUUACCACAUGAAACUGAUGUGAUACAGACCCUUUCCAAAAACCACCAUUUACUUCUCAGUUUUUGCAGAAAAUAAAUAAAAAAAUUAAGAUCACAUCAAAUCAAUCAAAAUGUGGUACUUUCAAAGCGAUAUGUCAAUCUUCAAUACUUGGUUGGUUAUCCCUUGGUUGGGAACACUAGACCUCAAGCAGCUUGGGUUCUCUUCCUCACCCGUCUUCCUCCAAACCCUUGGACCUUGAUUCCUGAAUGAAACUUAAUUGGAAAAGAGGACCUUGGACCACUGGCCAACGGUCCAGUCCUUCUUCUCCUUGGCCCAGUUGAGACGAUUCCUACCUUGGCUCAGGCUCAGAAGUGGCUUGACUCGAGGAACCUGACAGUUGUAGCUCAUCUCCCAGAUGCGUCUGAAUGUGGUGGUUUUUUGAAGCUGUGACUCCCGCCUCAUUCCACUCUUUGUGGAUCUCUGCCAGGUUCUUGAAUCUUCUCUGCUGAAGCCCACAGUCAUCUCUUUUGCUGGUGCACCUUCUCCUGCCACAUUUUGACCUUUGACUAGACUUUCCAUUGAUAUGCUUGGACACAGCACUCUGUGAACAGCCAGCCUCCUUAGCUAUGAACCUUUGUGGCUUACCCAUCCUAUUGAAGGGUACUAAUGACGGUCUUCUGGCCAGUUGUCAAGUCUGCAAUCUUCCCCAUUUUGAACCGAAUUGAGACAAUUAAACCAAACUGAAGCAAUUUUAUGACACCUGGGGAAACCUAUGCAGGUGAUUUGAGUUUAGUAGAUGAUUAGUGUGUGACACUCAGUUUAAAACAUUCAAUGAUAUUCUUAUUUUUUGGAAAGGGUCUGUAGAGUGGGGGGUCCAAGCUGCAGAGCAAGGACCCAAAUGCAGACUGACCAGGCUGGACAAAUCUGUCUCAGGGACUCAAAGAUGGACAGACAACUCCUGGACCAUUGAAGGGUGUGGGUGGGUGGAAUUGACUCCUUCUGAAGCUAAAUUAACCCCAUCCUUUUCUCUAAAAUGACUUAAUCUGAACUUGAGCUCUCUUUCUCAUUUAGUUUGGUAGUCUCAGCUUGAUGUGCAGGUUGAUAUUGACAUUUAUGUGUAGAUAUAAUGUAUUUCUGUCCACAGGUGACAGUUCUGGGGACUCCUGCUGAGGAGGACGGUGGAGGUAAAAUAGACCUGAUCAAUGAGAGAGCCUUUGAGGGUAUGGAUGUUGUGUUUAUGGCCCAUCCAUCAAAGGAGGAUGCUUUGUACCUGCCCUGCGUGGCUGAACAUGAGUAUGUUAAUUCCUGCAUUAAUUACUAUGUGUUAAUCAGAAUUUUAUCAUCAAUUAAAAUUUUAUUUUGCUAGUGUGACCAUCAAAUAUCAUGGGAAGGCGUCUCAUGCCUCCGCCUACCCCUGGGAAGGAGUCAAUGCGUUGGACGCUGCGGUGCUGUGCUACAACAACCUGUCUGUGCUCAGACAGCAGAUGAAGCCGGACUGGAGAGUUCACGGUGAGCACAUUACUAGUCUGAGGUGUCCCUCUGAGGAGGUCACUGUCCUGCUCUGAGUUAAUCAUGGUGUGUCGUUCAGGUAUCAUAAAGCAUGGAGGAGUUAAACCAAACAUCAUCCCCGCCUACACCGAGUUGGAGUACUAUCUGAGGACACCCACACGGGCUGAGCUUCCUGUCCUGAAGGAGAAAGCAGCGAGGUGUUUUAGAUCAGCUGCUGAAGCCACAGGCUGUCAGGUAAAAAGAUCUCAACAUAGUAAUGAUAGUAACUUUACUGGUGAUCGAAGAGGAGUUUAGACAUGUUGGGUGGUCCGCAAUAGAGUCUUGCUCCCUCCUGCAAAUUGUAAACAACAGAGGUGGUAUGUAUUGACUUAAUCUAGUCCCAUUCAUUGCUGGUUAAAAAGGGUUGUAAUUGAAAUGAUAAUUAGAAAAAAAUAAUUUAUUCACAAAGAAACUAUUAAGACAUCAUUUGAAAAACAUGUUAAAAAAAGCAGAGAAAGUAUAACUAUUAGAAAAAAAAUAAAACCUGAAAAAUCGGCUAAAGAACAAUACUUAAUAUUUACACAUGGUUUAUUUUGUCCUCUGUUGUCUUUCUGCUGUAUCAUGUCUGCUCUCACCUGGUUAUCGCUGGCCUGACUACUCUACAUUGUCCACAAUUUGCAUGCCAGACUUUGACCUGGACGUUCAGCAUCAUAAAUGUAUGAUAAGAAACUUGCUAGAAAACGAAACCUCGACAGAAGAAGCGGGACCAUGAAUAGAUGAGUACAGAGCUGUGAAGUUGUCUGUUUUCAUCACUUAAUAUACAAUCCAUUUGCAUGUAGCAGGAGAUAGUAUCAAACUCAAAGGGGGCAUAUUGCCACCUAAAGUGAAGGUGGACGUACUUUUGCAAAGAAAUCAAUUUUACCUGGUGCUUUUUGCCAAAUUGCUCAAUUGAGCUUUAAGUUGUGGCUGAGUUUCACUGCGCAUGUGCAUGUGCGUGUUGAAGCUGCAUGUGCACUUGUCAGUCAAGGUAAUUUAGAUGGCAGUAGCUGCAUUUGACAUAUGGUAUUCUAAUAAUGCAGAUGAUGGAUCUCCUCUGUGAUGUUUUACAAUGUUAGAUUACUAAAUUCAGUCAAAGGGUCUGUGCUAAGUUGAUCUGCAGAAAGUAGCCUCAAGGUUGAUUUUCCGCUGUAUUGACAGGGAGCAACAGUGUAAAGCAGUGUUCAAAGCAGCUGAGUGAGUCUAAAAGAGAGAACUUUUAAGUUUUCAGAAGUUAACAUGAAAUUAUUUUCUCUUCAGGUUGAAAUAGAAUUUGCAAAGAAUCAGUUUGACAACAUGCUGCGUUUUCCCACCCUGGAGGAGCUGUACGAGCAGAACGGCAAAGCUCUAGGGAUGGACUUCACCACGGAUGAAGCUAUUCUCAAAGAAUCUGGUACAUGCACGUUCACUGCGGGGCCAAACAUAGCUUUCUUUAUGUAUCAGUGUUUGUGACAGGAGGGGAGGUGACAGUGUGAGAUGGUCAAGAAAACCCCACAAGUAAGUCAGGUUGACUUAACUCUAUCCAACACCCGUAGCCAUGUGACCCAUGAUUCCCAGGAGCUGUGUUGUGUGCUCUGUCAGGUAGAGUCUGAUCCUCCUGAUGAGGGCAAAUCAGCACAACCGAAUAAUUGGCCACAGCAUGAUUAGCAUGAUUGUGUGUUACACAAAUUAUUAUUGCCCUGAUUCCAAAUGAACCAUUAUAAAUAACUGAACUUUUGUCAGUGGACUCUAGUGGCUUUGAGGAGGCUGAUUUGUAGUUUGCAGUUCUUCAUUAUGAGGUUAGUUUUGGUUGAUUUUUCUUGUCCCUUUAAAAAUUUGUAAACUCUGUUUCCUCUCUCCUUCAUCUUCCUGACAGGCUCUACAGACUUUGGCAAUGUGACAUUUGUAGUUCCUGGUAUCCACCCAUACUUCUACAUCGGCUACAAAGCUUUUGUCCACACCGAGGAGUACACUGUCGCUGCUGGUAUGCACACCACACACACAAACAAAUCCAUUAUAUCUUGAAGCUGUCAUUUCGCACAGUUGAAAGUGUGUUUUGGUGUUUUGUGUCAGGUGACGACAAAGCUCAGUUCUUCACCCUGAGGACAGCUAAGGCUCUGGCCAUGACAGCUUUAGAUGUGCUGUUGCGUCCAGAUCUGCUGCAGAGAGUGAAGCAGGAGUUUAAAGAAGCUAAACUGAAGGAGGAGAAGAUAUUAAGAGGAGAGGAGACAGGAAAGAGAUGACGGUGAUUAAAAAGAAAGAAAAAAUAUCAAUCAUACACUAUAUAUAAAAAGCCCGCAAAAAUCCAUACUGUAAACAAACCUGCAAUUUGUAUCAUUCUCAGCAGGGAGCAACUCCAAUGUAUAUAAACCUCAGAGUGAUUUGCGAAUAAGUGCCACUCACUCUUAUUUGAUCUGACUAUGGUGCUCUACAGUGUUGUGUAAUGAUUGCAGGAAAAAUAAAAAAAAUGUCCUCAUGUUGCAUUUAAA